GCUAUACUUUCUAUUUUAACUGCUAUCAAUAAUGGAAUAAACUGCCUGACAUUAUCCACGAGAUUGAAACAAGUAUUUAAAUUAGAAGCUAAAGAAUAGCUCUCUAUUAAGUUAAAUUUAGUUGAAACUAUACAUAUGUUUAUAUAUCAUCUUCAGUAUAUUAGACUAGUUAAAGAAUUGAAUAGUUUCGUAAUUAAUUUUUUUUUUCACAUGGGCUAUAAUUUUUGAGAUUACAUAUAGGCCUUCAAUUGUAAUUGAAUUUCAGAAGAACUAGGCAUAGGCAGCAGAAUGUCCCGGGAAUAGACCUACUAUAUAUCAUCGUUUACAUCUGAAAAAACACCAAUAUACCGAUACCGGAUAAUACAAUGAAUAUAGAAUAAUAGAGCUUAAAUCUCAAAUUAAUACUCGUGACAAUAAUGCCAUCCAUACCGAGAAGUGAAACAAGAGGCCCAUAAAUAAUUGCCGGUGGCUGUAUUGUGCGGGAUUUUCCAUGCUAUAUAUACCGCUUAUCUUGUAAGUUAGCAACAUUUGUCUUUGGGCAGAGGCUUCCGUGAACGUUUCUAAUAGCGCGAUGUCGACUGAUCGAGACACACAUCCCAAAUGCAAGAACAUUCCAAUGUCAGAUAGUGAAGCAAACAAAAUUAACAACAAUGAGAUUGAUAUGCAAGACAGAGGAAAUAAAAACGAGACAGGUGAAAAAGAAAUCAAAAUGCUCUACAAACACGAACACACAUCGCAAGAAAUUUUGGAAGUGGUGGGACUACAACAGACGGUCAACAUUGCAGUAUUUUUUGUAAAAGCAGAUUUAAUCGUCAACUAUUUGUAUUACCUAACGUUGGUUAAUAUUUUCAUGUCUAUAGUUGCACAGAUACUAUUAGCGAGUUUAGUAGCAGCAAAAAUAUUUAUUCGGAAGAGUAUAAAAGAAAAAAGAAAAAAACUCAAGAAUGGUGACGGCGAUAAAAAGAUCUUAGAAGAGAGCUUAAAAACAACGCGAAAGCGAUUGCAAAGAUUGAACUUUUCGACACUGUUUCUAGUGCUUUUUAUAACAAUUCUAACCACCAUGCUACUUGCAACUUCCGGUAUGAUCGAUGUUAGGCCAUCACACAUAGGGACAUGAUCAACAAGUCCGAUCUCACUUGCCGACCACGUCGAACGCUCGCCAUCAAAGAUACACCUGGAAUUUCUCUUAAUCCCAAAAGUCGAUGUGUUUGGUGUGUUACCCCAGCCCAGUAGUUGAUGAGUGUUGAAUCCCCAGUCAUUGCGCCUCAUGCCCUAAAUGUAUUCCAGAAAUCUAGGCCUAUCCACAAUUCAAUUUAUAGCUGGCCUAUUAUAGCUUGUCAUCAAUCCCUGGGGUCCUGGGUUCAACUCCUGUGACAAAACACAAGAUCACGACUGAAAAAUAUCUCAGCUCUUCUACCUAAUCCUCAUAAUGAGACUUGGUUUAUGAAGCAUUUUAUUUCUAGAGGAUCUGAUGAAUAUCAGUUAAACUGGAAGGGUCACCCUCAUUGUGUAAAAAAAAUAUAUAUAAAUAAAUAAACUUUAAAUAUAUAAAAUAUACUGCCAUUUGUAACACCGAAUCAUUGUCAUGUAAUUUUUAUUGACAUUAAAUGGAUAAAGAGAUGGACAAUGAUCAGCGUAAUUUACGCUGAUCACCAGGCCUAUCCAUCUCUUCAUCCCUUUAAUGUCUAUUCUUUUCAUUUUAUUUGAAGCAUUUUAACUUAAGUUUUAAUGCUGAUUCGCA